GCACCCCCCACCCCCACCCCCCCCUCUUCUUCUUCACACUCUCUUUAUUACUCAGUUUCUUGAGUUUUCAACAAUCAUGGAGUCAUCACUAGCCAUGUUUCUCUACCCUCUCCUCCUCUCCCUUUCACUCUCUCUAUUCGUCUUCCUCCUUCUCCGCGCCACAGCAGGACGGAGGCGCCGCCUGCCGCCGGGGAAUCUCGGGCUGCCCUUCCUCGGGGAGACCCUCCAGUUGAUCUCCGCCUACAAGACGGAGAACCCGGAGCCCUUCAUCGACGACAGGGUGUCCAAGUACGGGGCGGUCUUCACCACCCAUGUGUUCGGCGAGCCCACGGUGUUCUCCGCCGACCCGGACACCAACCGGUUCAUCCUGCAGAACGAGGGCCGUCUCUUCGAAUCGAGUUACCCUGGUUCGAUCUCCAACCUCCUCGGCCGCCACUCGCUUCUGCUCAUGAGGGGAAGCCUGCAUAAGAGGAUGCAUUCCCUCACCAUGAGUUUCGCCAACUCCGCCAUCAUCAGGGACCAUCUGUUGCUCGACAUAGACCGCCUUGUCCGGCUCAACAUGGAUGCGUGGACCGGCCGGGUUCUCCUCAUGGAGGAGGCCAAGAAGAUAACUUUUCAGUUAACAGUGAAGCAGCUGAUGAGCUUUGAUCCGUGUGAAUGGACUGAGAAUCUGAUGAAAGAGUACAUGCUAGUCAUUGAAGGCUUUUUCACCAUCCCUUUGCCUAUUUUCUCCACCACAUACCGAAGGGCCAUCCAAGCUCGAGGAAAGGUGGCGGAGGCAUUGAGCUUGGUGGUUCGGGAGAGGAGGAGAGAGAGUGAGAGAGGAGAGAGAAAGAACGACAUGCUGGCGGCGUUGCUGGACGAGGAAGGCGGCGGCGGAGGCUUCUCCGACGAGGAGAUAGUGGACUUUAUGCUGGCGUUGCUGGUGGCUGGGUACGAGACCACCUCCACAAUUAUGACCCUCGCUGUUAAACACCUCACCGAGACCCCCCUUGCCUUGGCUCAACUCAAGGAAGAGCAUGAUGAGAUCAGGGCAAGAAAGGUUGAAGAGGAAGCAGCCCUUGAAUGGGAAGAUUAUAAAUCCAUGCCUUUCACUCAGUGUGUUGUGAACGAAACUCUACGAGUGGCCAACAUAAUUAGCGGUGUAUUUAGACGAGCGAUGACGGAUGUCACCAUCAAAGAUGGUUAUACCAUCCCGAAGGGAUGGAAGGUGUUUGCUUCUCUUCGAGCUGUACACAUGGAUCAUCAUCACUUCAAAGAUGCUCGAACAUUCAAUCCGUGGAGGUGGCAGAAUAGUUCAGGAACGAGUAACAACUCGAUGAACGUGUUCACCCCAUUUGGUGGAGGGCCUAGACGUUGUCCGGGGGCCGAGCUUGCUAGGGUAGAGCUUUCUGUUUUCCUUCAUCGCUUAGUCACCCAAUUCAGUUGGAUGCCAGCAGAACAAGAUAAGGUGAUUUUCUUCCCGACGACACGGACUCAGAAAAGGUACCCGAUUAUCGUCCGGAGGCUGGAGCCAGUGGAGGCCAUGUAAAGAUCGAGGCGUUUAUGCAGAUGGGAGGUCAACUUAGGAAGCAACUUUCUAGCCGAUACUUCGACAAUUGUAGUAAUUAAAUCCAAUAAAACUUUGCUACUACAGUUUUAUCAUUAAUACAAAUGUAAAUUUUUGGUUGCUAUGAAUUAGAGUUUUCCUGCUAGAGAUCUGAUCAUCAUGUACAUUUUAUUUAGUCCUAAGGAGAGAUCCUCAUUCAGCCUUCAGUUUUGCGUGACUAAUUUUUAUUUAUGUGGGAAAUAUGCAUCAAACAUACAUUGGAACAACCAGUUGCAUUUCCCCCCCACUAUGAAUUGAAAGGGCUUGCAGAAUUGCCCUUUCAUAAAGGUUGUCUACUUAGCCCAAAAUCGAAUUGGCCCAAUAAAAAAUAGGGUUGAUUCGAUAAUGUCUAGUUAGAAUUGACGGAUCUUGAGACCGGUCUAGUC